AUGAAAUGUUGUCGACAAGAUGGUUUAAUAUUAAAACCAGAUCGACCGUUGACAAUGAUCAAUACUUUAGUAUCUGAGUGGGCAUACUACAAUGGUGUUUCACAGGGUGAACUUUAUUCAACAAGGACAACAAUAAGUAACCAAACAUUUCAUACGAUAUUCGCAUCGGCAAUGCAACUAGAUUAUAUGAUAUCUCCAUCGAUGAUCGGCGCAGAAGCUGGAGUCAUCUGGUCAUAUGACGAUCCUGAUGCUGUUGACACAUUUUCAGAUGUUAAUACGUUAGAUGUUUCAGCUUCCGAUUGUGGCGAUCUAUCAAUAUGUCUUUGGUAUGUGUCACCUUUAAUGCAAUUGAGCGAUCCAGAUCAAACAUAUUAUGCUGUUCUUGGUGAAUGGAAUAAAUGGACAGCCAUCAGUCGACAACGUAUUACCGAAAUUAAGCCAGUCAAUAGUACAGUUAUUGUCUCACUUCAAGGUGUACCCAAUGAAAUAGUGCAAAUGCAUGUUUUUCAUGGUGAUUUAUUGUCGGUAAUAGUAAACUGUCAAAUGUCAGCGGAUGUUGGCACAGGUCGAUUAACAAUAACCGCCUCAAAUGUCACUUGUACUUGA